CGUCGAUUUCAGCCUAUUGACUGGAGUAACCAGUAGUGUUUCUUCAGUCGAUUCACUCCUUGACGUUUAACGGUCUUGUCUACUCUGCUGUUUGAAUAAACCCGAGACGCAUAUUUUCUAGAUUGAUUAAAAACACAUUGCUUGAAAUCAAAUCUGAGUAUUUUUGUCGAAGCAAGCCUGAUUCUACAUUUCCUUUUAUCUAAUUAAUUCAAACUGUAGGUUAUUUAGUAUUAAUUUUAAGACAACAUGAAGACGAAAUUCAUCAACGGGGUGUCUUCCUCCCCUUCUAUGUCGUUGGGUUUGUUGAUCACUGAAAACGCACUUGAGGUGCAGCCAGAUACUGAGGAUGAAUGCAAGGACAUCAUCCGGCCGGAUGAGCCCGACCUGGACACGAAGCGCAAGGCAUAUUUAUGGUGCAAAGAAUUUCUCCACGGUGCGUGGAAAACGGUGACAGAAGAGGAUUUUCAAAUCAGCUUAAUAAGAGGUGGCCUCAGCAACAAGCUCUUCCUCUGCGCCCUGCCCGACACCCAAACCAGUGUAGUUGAUGAACCCCGUAACGUCCUCCUGCGCCUGUAUGGAGCUAUUCUACAGAUGUCCUGUAAUAAGGGGGAGCCCAGACAGUCAAACAAAGAAAAUCUCUUUCAAGGUGCUGAGGCCAUGGUGCUGGAGAGUGUGAUGUUUGCCAUUCUGGCAGAGCGGGAGCUUGGGCCCAAACUCUAUGGCAUCUUCCCCCAGGGCAGACUGGAGCAGUUUGUCCCUAGUCGCAAAUUGGACACAGAUGAGCUGAGCAUGCCAAGCAUAUCUGCUGAAAUAGCUGAGAAGAUGGCCAAGUUCCAUGGUAUGAGAAUGCCUUUCAACAAGGAGCCCAAAUGGCUGUUUGGAACUAUCGACAAGUACCUGAACCAGGUGAUGAGACUAACCUUCACCAGGGAGUCACACAUUCGCAAGUUUGCCCGUCUGAGGAGCUAUAAUCUGCCCCAGGAGAUGGAGAGUCUCAAAUCUUUGCUGGACUCCACUCACUCCCCUGUUGUUUUCUGCCACAAUGACUGUCAAGAGGGAAAUGUCCUGCUCCUCAGUGGUCGUGAGGGCUCUGACGGACAGAAGCUCAUGCUGAUUGACUUUGAAUACAGCAGUUAUAACUACAGGGGAUUCGACAUAGGAAACCACUUCUGUGAAUGGAUGUAUGACUACACAAAUGACAAGUUCCCAUUUUUCCAUGUCAACUCAAAGAAUUAUCCCACUAAAGCCCAACAGCUGCAUUUCAUUGGAAGCUACCUGUCAGAGACUGACCAGGGAUUUCAGAAUCUGAGCACUGAAGAUCAGAUUAAACUCAAAGAGGAGCUGUUUGUGGAAGUCAACAGGUUUGCUCUGGCUUCGCACUUCUUCUGGGGUCUGUGGUCGAUGAUUCAGGCGAGAAUCUCCACCAUUGAGUUUGGGUACAUGGAGUAUGCCAUGGCCAGGUUUGAUGCAUACUUUGAGCAGAAGCGGAGCCUGGGUGUCUAAGUGAGGGACCACGUAUAGUAACAAGGAGGUGGAAGAUACAUGGAUUAAUAGCGCUUUACCUGAAAUGAAUGCAGACAGGGUGUAGGACCAUGCUUAAUGGUGAUCCCCUGCUUUGGGAAUGAAAUGCUCACUACAGUUGUUAUUGCAUGGACCAAAGUGAAACCAUGAAUAUCUGGUUUGGUGUUAAAUUAUGCCCCAUGCAUUGCUGCUCAGUAUUUACACAAUAAUAAGCUCCUAAUAUUACACAUACUCACAGGGCACAGUUGGUUCUUGGCUUGUCUUUUCAACAAAAUAUCAGAAAGAUUAAGACGGGAUAAAAAUCUUCAUUCUGAAAGGAGGUCUGAGUUACAUCUCUGGGAAGUCUAUUACUGUUUGGAAAUGUACUGGGAUAGUGGAAAAGAAAGGAAGUCUAUUACUGUUUGGAAAUGUACUGGGAUAGUGGAAAAGAAAGGAAGUCUCAAUGACCCUUGCUAAUUGAAAAGCCAGUAAUCUGUGACCUAACUGUGAUAAGCCAAAUGGCCAUGUCGACUCAGUGUCUCAACUUCAAUUGAUUAUGUUUGGUUCUUUGCAUCCAUGCUCAGUUUUCCUCCAUUCUUUAUCAACUGAAAUUCCUCUAAAAUGACUUGUAUAUGGAAAUAUCUAGAACCGCCAAUGAGAUGGGAGCAUCUCUGGCCAACAGCAUUUUUUUCCACCUGCAGUACUGUGAAUAUAAUGUGCAAAAUGUGACCUGAAAUACACUAGUGAAGGUAACCUCACAACUCUACUCUGUA